GAGGGGUAUGGAAGAACGUGGGGGCUUGACCGAGGUAGGGGAAGAGGUAGGAAGUGAAAAAAGAGGCCUUUUAUCAUGAUAUAUCACUGCUUUUGGUCUUUGGUCGGUCGACAAUCGGUGUGUUGUGUGUUCACUGUGUUGUGUUUGUGUUUCCCCCCACCUUCCCCCACUCUCUCUCUAGACCCUCUCUUUUUUCUAUCCCCUGCUACUGACCCAGGCAUUCACACAGUGUAAUUAUACACUUUGAACCAAUCACAACCCAACAUAUACUGUUAUUUAAUGUAUUAGAAUAAUAAUUAAUGCGUAAAAGAUCCCUCAGCCUGAUAGCUACAGAGAUGGGGAGAGAGAGAUGUAGGGGGUUGAGAAUGCCGUAAGAAGAAAGGAAAGGUGACUAGCAGUACUACAGGCUCAAUUUAUAUAUACAAAUAUAUUUGGAGAGAGGAUGGGGCAGAUGAUCAGAGCCAAAAAAACAAAGGAACCAAAAAGAUACCCACAAACCACAAAAGAAAAGGAAAGCUUGGUUGAGCUAGGAUAAAAAGGGGUCAUCACCACAAAGGCGUGGCAGAAAAACCUACCAAGUGAGUGAGAAAGAGAUAGAGAAAGUUUACAGAGAAGUCUUAAGCCUUUGGCUUUUCUUCUUUUCUAUCACCACAGGAGGAGAGAGAUAAGAGAGAAAAGAGAGACGACCAAGAGGUCCAAGACCCUGCUCCAUCUCAUAUCAAGGAAGGUCUGUGAUGCUUUCUUUGAUGUUUCUUCCCUAUUGCCCCUUUCCUCCUUUUACGCUGAGAAAGUAAUAGCCCCCCAUAAGUCUCCUUUUCUUUAAAUUCUCUCCUUUUCAUGCUGAGGUAGAGAGAUCAUGAACAUGAAACAAGCUUAAAGUUGUUUGAAUUCCCCACUAAUUGGUCUUAUGGUUUUAGAGAUAUAGAGGCACAUAUAGUAUCAUCAGAAAGAGAGAUGUGUGGAAAGAAGGAAGAAGAUCAAGGAGAGUGUUCUCAGACCAUCCAUAACAUACAAGGCUACCAAGAACAAUUACUUCUCCAACAACACCAUCAGAUGCAACAACAAAACAAUGAUGCAUAUGGAGGUGGAGGAGGAAGGUCUGGAUUGAUAUUUCCUGAAGUCUCACCAAUCCUGCAGCCAUGGUCUUUCCCUCCGGUCCACGCCUUCAACCCGGCUCACUUCGCUGCAAACCCGGUUCGAGACCACGACCCAUUUCUUGUUCCUCCUCCCCCAUCUGCAUACGGGAGUGUAUUCAACAGAAGAGCUCCAGCCCUACAGUUUGCAUAUGAGGGUCCAUCAUCAGAGCACCUCAGAAUCAUAUCAGACACCCUUGGACCGGUGGUUCAACCCGGUUCCUCCCCUUUUGGGCUUCAAGCUGAGUUGGGUAAGAUGACUGCUCAGGAGAUUAUGGAUGCAAAGGCCCUUGCAGCUUCUAAGAGCCACAGUGAGGCUGAGAGGAGAAGAAGAGAGAGAAUCAACAACCAUCUAGCUAAACUGCGCAGCUUACUGCCCAGCACCACCAAAACGGACAAAGCUUCACUGCUAGCAGAAGUGAUACAGCAUGUUAAAGAACUUAAACGACAGACAUCUCUUAUUGCAGAGUCUAGUCCGGUACCAACUGAAAUGGAUGAGCUAACGGUGGAUACAUCUGACGAGGAUGGUAAGUUUGUGAUCAAGGCUUCACUGUGCUGUGAAGACAGAACGGAUCUCUUGCCCGACCUUAUCAAGACCUUGAAAGCUCUAAGGUUAAGAACACUGAAAGCUGAGAUCACAACGCUGGGGGGACGUGUGAAGAACGUCUUGUUCAUCACCGGAGAGGAAGAUUCUAGUAGUAGUGGUGAAAACCACCAGCAGCAGCAGCAGCAGCAACAGCAACAGCAACAGUACUCUAUAAGUUCAAUUCAGGAAGCACUUAAGGCAGUGAUGGAGAAGACAGGUGGUGAUGAGUCUUCAUCAGGUAGUGUUAAGAGACAAAGAACCAAUAUCAAUAUCAUUGAACACAGAUCUCUUUAAACCACUAAAACCUCACUCUUCUUCUUCUUUUUCUACUUCUUUUGUGUGUUCAAUUUUUACUUCUUUUUUUUUGGGUGUUUUUUUUUUUCUUUUUUUUGUUUGUGUGUGUGUUUAUGUAUUUCCAUUACUAAAAAAGAAUAGGAAAUGGUGUGUUUAUGCAUGUAUUUACAUCACUCAAGAAAUAGGAAUGGAGGGGAAAAAAUGCAGUGAGAGAAGAGAGAAUGUAUCUUGGUUGUGGAGAAUUCCCACUUUCUUGUUUUUUGGUUUGGUUGUGGAGAAGACUGCAAGCGAGAGAGAGAGACUUUAGUUUGUUAGCAAAGGCAAAAAACAGUGAAGGAUCUUUUUCGUGGGAAGAGAAACCUUAUAUCAACUCCCAACAUAGAAAAUAUGGAGUUGAUUGCUUUCCAAUCUGGUUUGGACACAUACACGCAGUUUGCGGUUUGUUCAGGAGCGCCUCCCUCUUUCUCUCGUCAGAGUGGAACUGUCAUCAUAAUGGUGACGAUGUUGUUCUCGUCAUGAAUAUGCUACUCUCUCACCAACUUCUUCCUAUAUCCGUACUAUUUUAUAUGUUGUUUCAGACUUCUAGCUCUGGUUUUCAGUACAGAAGGAAACAAAAAACAAAAACCCUAACAAGACAUGCAACUUCAUUAGUUCAGUGUCACGAGAGCUAGUGAUCUGUUCUCAUUACUAUAGUAUACAUAUGAUAUUGAACUUUCGAUAUAUAUUUUUUCUCUUCUUUUAUCUGAGUCAUGGGUACUGUUUCUUUCCCCUUCAUAUGAAGUAUAAACUCUGGUCAAGGGUUUGAUAUGUCAUCUGUCGUUUACAUGACAUGCAUUAUGAGGGGACAGUUCCUAGCUUAUAUUCUCUUCUGUAAUUUUACUCUUUAUCUUUUUUCCUUACUUUUUCCUCAAAGCCCUAAAGGACAUGUACAAGCUUAUACGACUAUUGUCGUGGGGAGUACAUGAACCGGUGCUUCUAUCAAUUCAUAAUAGUAACUGCAUGCAUGUCUAUCUA